AUGCCAACCCUAAGGCUAAGGUUACAGGAACCGUUCGAUCUGACCAAUCCGACCGUCCGAUCGAGACCAAACUCUCGGGACAUGUGUCCUAGCAUGCUUAAAUUUUGCCCCACGAGGCUUGGGGAUAUUCGAACUGUGGGAGCGAGGAUUGCAGCUCAGGUGGGCCUAGUGUCCCUUGAGUCUUACGAGGAGGGCGGAUCAGGGCAAUUAGGUCAUUUGUACUCGGCACCCGCCAGGUGUCGGACAAGCAUAGGGUUCAGCCCGGAUUCCAAAGUGGAAUUUGGGUCGGGUCCUGUCAACUUGGAUCCCCAGACCGAACUAGAGGAAUUCCUCAUUCCUGCACCUGUAUCUGGACCGGUGGAGCAGUUAUUUGUUGGAGGCCCAUCAGGGGCCGCCCCAGCGAUGCCCAUAUUCCCAGGAGAUCCCAACUUCCAGCAUACUUUGGUGAUGGUGACCCAGCAGUAG